GAAGACUCCACCGUACACCUUUUGUGAGAAGAUCCAUCAUGUCUCAUCAUUCCAUCCACGCAUCUACUGGACACAAGCACUUCAGCUCCUGUUCUGUGGCUUUACCUAAGCACUCCAGCUCACACAGCAUCUUCUCACACUCUACAAAACAUGCAGAACAUGGUCACAAGGCCCAACACUGCUUUAGCAGUAAGAGUGCCCACAAUAUUGGAUCAAAGGGACAUAAGAUAUCAGUAGGGAGUUUUCAUGGAAAAAGUGGACACGGAUAUGGAUUUGGUAUUGGAGGCUCCAGUCAUGGUUUUGGAGGACUAUCUGGUUCUGGAGGAAUCACCCAUGUUACUGUCAACCAGGGUCUUCUGGCACCUCUCAACUUGGAGGUGGACCCAAACAUCCAGAGAAUGAGGACAGAUGAGAAGAAUCAGAUCAAAGGGCUUAACAACAAGUUUGCCUCUUUUAUCGACAAGGUGAGAUUUCUGGAACAACAGAACAAAAUGCUGGAGACCAAGUGGUCUCUUCUACAGGAUCAGAAACUAGCAAGGUGUCAGAUAGAACCUCUGUUUGAGGCUUUUAUCAGCAACCUCAGGAGACAGCUGGAGAACUUGGAGUGUGAGAGAUCUCGCCUGGAUGCAGAACGGAACAGCAUGGAGGGAAAUGUAGAAGAACUAAAGAGAAGGUAUGAAGAUGAAGUCAACAGACGUACAGCUGCUGAGAAUGAAUUUGUUACUCUGAAGAGGGAUGUUGAUGCAGCUUUCUUGAACAAAGCUGAACUUCAGACGAAGGCUGACUCCCUGGCUGAUGAGAUUAACUUCUUGAGGACUCUGUAUGAUGCGGAAAUUGGUCAGCUCCAAGCCCAGAUCUCAGACACCUCGGUGGUUGUGUCCAUGGAUAACAGCCGAGACCUAGACAUGGACGGCAUCAUCUCUGAGGUCAGAGCUCAAUAUGAGGACAUUGCUAGCAGGAGCAGAGCUGAGGCUGAGGCCAUGUACCAGUCAAGGUUUGAGGACCUGCGCAUGGAAGCUGGAAGAAAUGGAAACAAUCUGCAGAGCAGCAAAAAUGAAAUUGCUGAACUCACCCGAACAAUUCAAAAACUUAAAGGAGAGAUAGAGUGUGCCAAAUCCCAGCGUGCUGCACUGGAAGCAGCUAUAAGUGAGGCUGAAGAACGUGGAGAAGCGGCUGUCCGAGAUGCCAAGAACAAACUGGCCGAGCUGGAGGCUGCUCUACAGAAGGCCAAGCAGGACAUGGCUCGCCAAAUGAGGGAUUACCAGGAACUGAUGAAUGUCAAACUGGCUCUGGAUAUAGAGAUCGCCACAUAUAAGAAGAUGCUGGAGGGAGAAGAGAGCAGGCUGUCUUCAGAGGGGCCCGUUAAUAUUUCUGUCCUGCACUCCAGCACCGGGGGAAAGCAUCAUUCAGGAGGAAUGUCCCACAGUGCAGGUGGCCACCAUCAUCACAAGGGAGGGUUCAGCUCCAGCAGCCACAUGUCAGUAGGCAAGCAUCACUCCAGCCAUGGACAUCACUGCUAAGGUGGAAGCAUAUACUGUAAGGAGACGAUGAGCUACUACAGCACACACACUAUGUCUA